GUUCAUGUUUCAGAAAAAACAUCCACAUGGAUUACUCCUCCCAAUUCAUUGAUGAUGCAGGGAUUUGAAUGGCAUGUCCCCGCCGAUCAACAACAUUGGAAGCGAUUGCAAAAAGCCUUGCCCAGCCUUCGAGACAUUGGGGUGGACAACAUCUGGAUUCCGCCGGGUUGCAAGGGAAUGGAUGCAUCAGGAAUUGGCUACGAUCUAUAUGAUCUCUGGGACUUGGGAGAAUUCCACCAAAAAGGGUCGCGAGCAACGCGUUGGGGUCCCAAGGAGGAUCUAUUAGAGCUGGUGCAAACCGCUCAGGAUUUCGGUAUCGGAAUCUGUUGGGAUACAAUAUUGAAUCACAAAGCUGGAGCAGACACGACUGAAACCUUUCAAGCAACGAGAGUCGAUCCUGAAGAUCGAACGGUUGGGAUUUCACCUCCGGAAAACAUCUCUGGUUGGGUUGGAUUCGACUUUUCUGGCCGCAAAGGGAAGUACAGUUCUAUGAGAUAUCAUCAUCAGCAUUUCAAUGGUGUCGACUGGGAUGACAAACGGAAGGAGAAUGGAAUCUAUAAGACUGUCGGAGCUCGGAAAGACUGGGCCAAGGAUGUGAGCGAUGAACACGGUAACUAUGAUUAUCUGAUGUUUGCCAAUCUGGAUCACACCCACCCGGAAGUCCGAGCCGAUAUCUUUCAAUGGUCGGAAUGGAUUGGAACUGAACUACCAAUCACCGGCAUGCGAAUCGAUGCAGCCAAACAUUACUCAGUUGCGUUCCAGAGAGACUUUGUCUACCACCUGAGACGAACGGUGGGUGCUAACUACUUCCUGGUGGGAGAAUACUGGAGAGGCGAAGUGGACCUUCUUCUGAAGUACCUCAAAGCCAUGGACCAUGAAGUCUCCUUGUUUGAUGUACCUCUCUUGGGGCGUUUCGCAGUCACUUCACAGACCAAAGGGGCCGAUCUGCGGAAAAUCUUCAAAGGCACAUUACUGGAGCAGAGCCCAAAUCAUGCAGUAACAUUCGUAGGAAAUCAUGACACUCAACCUGGCCAAUCCCUGGAGGUAAAUUCGACCUGGAAUUUACGCAGACACAAUGGCAGUCUCACUUACCUUGAUUCGCAGACAAUCAUCAUCCCAUUCUUCAAGCCAAUUGCUUACGGCUUAAUUUUACUUCGCAGCCAAGGCCAGCCCUGUGUUUUCUAUGGAGACUUAUACGGCCUUCGAAGUGGUCCAGCACAUGUCUCUUCGCCAGCUUGCUCGGGCAAGCUUCCGAUCCUGAUGCAGGCUCGCAAACUGUACGCAUAUGGAGAACAACGUGAUUACUUUGACAAGCGGCACUGCAUUGGCUUCGUGCGUUACGGCAACGUCCAGUACCCCUGGGGUCUCGCUUGCAUCAUUAGUAACACCGUUGCAACCUAUAAGCGCAUGUACGUCGGCGUCAAGCACAGAGGAGAGGAGUGGACGGAUCUAUUAGACUGGUGCAUCGAGACAGUCAUUAUUGACCACCGUGGAUAUGGGACUUUCCCGGUUGCUGCAAUGAGUAUUAGCGUUUGGGUGAAUAGCAAGGCCAAGGGGAGAAAGAGGCUCGCGCAGCCUUUUGAUACUAAUAUUUAUGAAGUAUGA